ACCGACAAAACUCAUGAUCAAGACAAUCUUCGUAUUGUCGCUAUCAAUCAACUCGAUAUUCUGCGGAUGCGGACUACCAGCCGGUGAUUCGGCUACAACGACUGAAGUCUCCACUGUCCCACCUUCCACCACAACGACUGAAGUCUCCACUGUCCCACCUUCCACCACAACCGAGAAGAAGAAUCUCGAAGAGCGAAUUCUACCGGUUGCUGUCUUGCAAGGUGAGCACAUUCGUGUGGCUCGGGAGAACACGACAACUCUUUCACCAACGACAACUCCAACGGUGAAGUGUCCUUGCAAGCCUCUUCCCGACUUUUUCGCGAAUCCCGAGAACACUGAUUACACCGCUGGGACAGGAUGUUUUGGGCAUAGUAUCAAGUGUACCAGUCAACCGGCGACGUUCAUAACCAAUUGGUGGAACACUUCGAGUCCAACUCCGUUUUUGUAUAUUAACAAGGAAAAUACUACUUUGGUGAGUUUGACUAGCGGGCCUAUGGGCCCGCCAGCCCUUCGGGAAUGGGGAUAG